ACUCAACCAUGCACCUUCUAUGCAUUCAAAUGAUGGAAAUAUUCAUAAAUUGGAUGAGUCAAUCCUAAGUCAAAUCAAAGCACAAACACAAAUCACCUCUAUAGAUGCAGCCAUAAAAGAGUUAUUACAAAAUAGUUUAGAUGCAUCGGCUGAUGAAAUCCUCAUAAAAUUGGACUUGAAAUCUCUUAGUGUUCUUGUUAAAGAUAAUGGUAUUGGAAUAGCUCCCGAUGAUUUGGAGCAAGUUGCUUCCAGGAAUUCUACAUCCAAGUUAACCAAAUUGGCUGAUCUUAACUCAAUCUCAACUUUUGGAUUUAAAGGUGAAGCAUUGUAUUCCUUACGUUCCAUGAGUAGACUAACAAUUGUAUCUAAGUGCAAGAACUACAAUAGUCCUUUUCGAAUCCAGUUUACUGAUUCAAGAUCCUUGGUACAAAUAUUUGAUGCCAAAGAAAGUAAUACAGAACUGAAUUUCUUUUCUGUGGAUAGUUUUGAAGAAUCUGGUACUUUUGUAAUUGCCACUAAUAUCUUUUCGAAUAUGCCUAUCCGGAGAGAACAAAUACUUGCUGUAUCUAGGCAAAGAAUUUUGAACGAAAUAAGGUUGGCCAUACUUCAGUCAUUAGUUAAACAUCCUAGAAUAAACUUAAAACUUUUUGUUAUUAAUCAAGAUAAAAUGAAAUUAGAGGAGAUUAUUAGCCUCAACAACAAAACUAAAGGCAAAAAUAUGAAAAUGCUAUAUUCCAACUUAUUAUUUUGUAUAUUUGGAAUGAAGAUCAAAUGUGAAACGAUUAGUGCUAGAUUUAAGGAUUUUGAAGUUGAUGGAAUUAUAGGCAUAAACAGUAUUAAUUCGAAAUCUCAUCAAUAUAUAUUUCUAAAUGGUCGUCCAUUCAUUCCAGAUAAAGAAGAUAUUAAGCAAAUCAACGGCUUGUUUACUAAUUCGGGAUUUUGUGAAAACAGAAUGGGUAUUGAUAGCAUAAUGAGCCCUACAAAGACUACUGGACGACCAUUCUAUAGGUUUCCGAUGUUUUUAAUAACAAUCAAAUGUCCCAUGAAAGCAGAAUUAUUAUUUCAAGAUCCUUCUAAAUCAUUGUAUUAUGCUAAUACUUGGUCUACGGUGUAUAAGAUCCUAGAAAAGAUAUUUAUUCGUUUUCUAGGAUCUCAUGGUCGUACUCAGAGAAGCAAGUCAAAAUUGCCAUCGCCGUCACCUUUCCAAAGUCCAACCAAGAAGAUCAAUAGUGAGUCUAAUUUUCUACUAAACUCAAAUAAUAAGUUGGACUAUUUAAGAAAUAGAGAAACCAAGGACUUUGUAGAUUCAAAAGAAAUAGCCCAAAAGCCAACUAGGCCAAAGAUUAAUCUUUUGCCUAUAGCACCUUCUGUUGAAAGUGUGUCCAUCCCACGCUGUCAAAAUCAUAACUUUAAUGAAAGGGUAAGUUUUUCUAGAGAUCACCUAAAGCCUGGAAAUUUCAGGAUUAUUAAACAGAUUGAUAAAAAGUUUAUUCUUGUCAACUUGGAAAACGUUGGUGGUUUAACAAGAUUGGUUGUUUUAGAUCAACAUGCAAGUGAUGAAAGAGUUCGUGUUGAACAGUUAUUUAAAGAGUUUGUGUCAUUGUUGUUAGCACCUGGUUCUAAAGUACCUUGUGAGUAUAUUAUAUCUCUAACCUCCCAAGAACUUGACAUCUUUAACGAAUAUAAGCAAAACUUUGACUUGUUUGCAAUAACAUAUGAACUCAGGAAUGAGUCAGAAAUCUUGAUCACCAAUCUUCCAUCUAUCCUCUUGAAUAAGAUCAAUGAUGAUGUUCAUUUCCUAAAGAACUCCUUGUUGCAACAUUGCUACGAUUUGAUGAACCAUGUUAAAAAUACAAAGGUAGAUCUUAACAAUUGGUGGGAGGCAUCCCACUUUCUUCCUCGAGUAUUAAUUGAAAUCAUAAGUUCCAAUGCAUGUCGAUCAGCAAUUAUGUUUGGCGAUGAAUUAACGAUGGAAGAAAUGAAUGACUUGCUCAUAAGGUUGAGUGAGUGCAAUCUACCGUUUCAAUGUGCACACGGUAGACCGUCCAUUGUGCCUCUUGCUACAAUUAAAUAGAGUGAUAAUUACCAAAGUGCCCCAGUAAAUGUAAAAUUUGCUUGGCAUAGUGUUUCGAAGCUUUUAUUUCUGUUUCAAUUACAUGGUCAACCUUAAUAUACCAAUUUGGAUAAAUCCAUUUUAUUGUUUCAUGUUCUCGAAGUUGAAUUUUGUUGAAAGGUCUUGAACAAAAAAAAUAACUUUUUCUUUCGGAAUUUAAAUAGUUUUGCACCCGAACAAUUAAAUAGUAUCUAGAA